AUGACAACAAACAGCGGUUCUUGGGGCGAGAUCCGCAGCACUGGCCCCAUGGGCGUCGAGGACGAUAUCGUCGUGUCGACGGUUAGAGGAGACAUUAGAGGAACGCGCUACCCGCACAUUUUGAAUCAUAUCAGCGUCUACACGAUUCCUUCCAUCGACGAAGUACUCGAUCUCUACUCGCAGUCUUCCACCGACCACGUUCCAUCUAAACCCAGCGUAUCACCACCGCAUCGAGCGCAGCAUAAGGAAGACAACCAGUCCAUAGUCGCAUCCAUCGCUCGCGCCUACGCAGGCACCAACGGCCCCGAAGUCAUCGGCCCGGGUUCUCAGCUCUACAACCUCAGCAACGCGCAUUCUUCUAGCCUGCCUCCCAAUUUAAGCACCGACAGACUCGCGCCACACGCAAAGCCAACCAUCUACCGCAAAGACUCUUGGGAUUCAGGAUCCGAUAGUGAUGAUUCUGUGUAUCUCUCAACUAUUCUCGAAGAGCCAGAACCUCCGGAGGUGGAAGCGGACACUGACAUUGUCAAGCCUGUUUUCAGAGCAAGGAGGCAGAGAGAUAUACUGGGUACCAGCGAGCUCAAGGCAAAAAUGCGGCAGAGCGGAUAUCCGUAG